AUUGCUUCGGGAGAAAGAAGGUGAAGUUGUAAGUCUGCCUUUAGCGCGCAGAAAUAACAGUGCUGAUAUUGUUCGCAAUCCUAUUUCUGCAAGACAUUACGUUGAAUUUUAAGAAAUUAACGAUACGGUAUGGCGACGCCAAACUCCUAUAUACAAGACGAUACAGGUACAUACAUUCCCGCAACUCAAAGACCCGAUGGUUCCUGGCGAAAAGCAAGAAGAGUGAAAGAUGGUUAUAUUCCUCAGGAUGAAAUGCCACUGUAUGAAAGCAAAGGAAAGCAGUGGGCUAAAAAUCGCCCCACUUUGCCUAUUGGUCUGGAUCCAUGUUAUGCAGUCGCAGAUAGUAGUUCAAAAGGUAAUGUGAAAAAUAAAAUACCUGGACUGACAGAAACUACCAAAAAUGAAUCUACCACAAAAUCAAACAAAAAGAAGAAGAAAAAGAGUGGAAACUCUGAAACAAAUAUAACCAAUCAAAUGGCCAAUUUAGACAUUUCUUCUAAACCUGCUAAUGAAAGCAGGACUGAACCUUCAACUAAUUCCACAGCAAAGUCAUCACAACCGGUAGCUACAGAUCCUGCAAAACGAAUAAGGAAUCUUAAAAAGAAAUUAAGAGACAUAAAUGCUCUAAAACAGAAAGUUGAUUCUGGGGAACUUAAGAAUCCUGAAAAAGACCAACUGGAAAAAAUUGCGCGGAAAGAAGAAAUUGAAGCAGAAAUAGAAGAAUUGGAGUUAGAAUUAGCUGAUGUGUAGAAGGAACUAAUCAUGUUUUUUAGGACACACACAAAAAAAGUGUUCUUUUGCUAUACUUGUUAUACCUAAAAUUAUAUCAUCUAAAAUGUUUUGACUAUUGAAUAUUUCUUGUUCUUCAAGUGUCCUCAUUCUCACUUUAAAUUCAUAUAAUGUGUCACUUUCAGAAUUGAUUCGAUUCACUCUACCAAAACAGUGUUACAGAGUUAUAUAUUUGUUUUAAUGUCUAGGAUAUUAAAACUUGUUUUUAAAAAUGAAAAGGUUUCCUUUUAUUUAUAUAUACAGAUAAUUUGUUACUGUUAAAGUGUAUUAUUGUUAUUUUGAAAAAUACGUUGUUACUUCAUGAAAUAAUGUAUGACGUCAAGUAAAGUGUGUAAAUUAAUAAUUCCACAUAUUAGGUGGUUAUUCUAAAAAGUAACUGAUAAUGAAUAGCUAAAUUGUAAAAUGAAAACAUACCUUUUAUAGUUAUUGGUUUUCAUUUAUAUUGCAAGUAAACAUUGAUAGCCCAUAUAUUAAGAGGUGAAGAUACUGUACUACAUUGCACAUCAAUAGUUUUCGACAUAACUUAGAACUUAUCUUCCCUAUUUAUAGUUUAAUUAUUCACACAUUAAAAAAUAUUUUUGAGUUGAAGGAAGCAAAAUUACUAAAUAAAGUUCUUUUGAGCAAUUAGUAAUUUUUAAGAAAUACAACUUUAAUUAUUUUUCUUGUAUUCUGUACUGUUUUAUAAAGAUUUAUUUAACUGCAGUCAAAAACUUAAAAAAAUCAUAAAUGACCAAGGUUAAAAUAAAUACAGUUAUAGAUUUGUAUUUUCAUAUUUAUGGAAAAGUUAAUAGUAUUUUUAAUUAGUUCUGCAUUUAUCAUUAGAUACAUUUUUCAUGAAAAUGUAUUUACUUUCUCGCGUGCACACACACAAAUUCUGCUAUGAAAAAAAAAUGUUAACUUGCUUUUAACAGCAAGAAAACGAUUUGUUUCAAAUUCAAGAAUGAAUACACUUUGUUUUUAUAAAUGUGCAACAACAGAAAUGGCUGCUUUUCUGAAUUAUUGUACUCAUUUAAAAUUCAUCUGUAUUUAAAAAAAAAUUGCGAUUUCUCACUAUGUUUUUCCUGAAGAUUUAAAGUUUUAAAAGUAAUAAUGUCUUAUUUUUUAUAAAUUUUUAUCUCCUGGUUAAAAUUAAAUGGUGAUUUAAGUACAUAAAAAAAAUUGGGGUUCAGCUAUACUUAUGCAUGUGUCAUUUCCUGUAUAUAAGUAAACAAUUUUUAAAUGACAUUUAUUUGAUGAAAAUUGAAGCCUUUCAUUAUCUUUCUGUUUUGAAGAAAGAUAAAGAAACUUUCAUUUGUAACUUAAAUAGUAUAAAGUACUUCAGAAAUAAUUAAGACAGGCAUUUAAAUACACUAUUAUAGAACUACAAUUUUUGAAAUACUAAAUUACUACUUUUUAUGCUGAUAAAAUUAUUUGCUAUAUUUCUAAAUUUUGUAAAUCAGUGAUUUUAUAAUUGUAAAUGAUAAGCUUUCCUUUUUUUCUGGAGAUACAUAUUGCUUUUUCAAAAUUCAGCGUUCAUGCCAAAAGAUGUUGACAGUAUUCUAAACAGUGUGAUAUUUUCCUCUCAUGGAAUUUAAGUUCCCAUUCCGUUGGAGUAAGAUCCUAUUACUUUAUCCAUCAGAAUGAAUAAUUCUGCUCUAUAUUUUAAUUAUUUAUCAAUUGCCUUUUUAUCAAAUACCAACUAUAGAUGUGCCAUUAAAGGGCUAAUUUUAUAAUAUUGGGCCCUGAAUUGGUUUUUAUAAAAGAUUAUUUUUGUGUCCUGGAGAAUCACAUAGAGGUAAUGUCUAUACCAUUGUAAUGCUUAGCUUCAGAAUUCUCUAUGAUUAUGGGUCUCUGGCAUUUUGCUACCCUAUUUACGCUGGAGAAAUUAAUAACAAAAAACUGGCUUGUUGUUUUACACUUUAAUGGGUUUCUAAUUUGCAAAAUUAUAAAUUAAAUAACCCAAUACAAGUAACCCUUUAAAUGACUUCAUCUAUUUCAUUAAAGAGUUUCGUUGUUUAGGAAAUUCUGUAUUCUUUAUUUUAACUGUAACAUAUGCAAGAAUAUAUUCCUUUAAAAAGUGCACAGUAACAGUUAAAAUUUAAAGCACAAAAAUUUUAUUGUAUGGCAUUUCAAAUAGCAAAUAUAUUAUCUCAUGUUAAAAUAUUCAGAAAUUACAUCCCCCUUUUUUUGUAUACUCUUUUAUGAUAUUGGAUAUUAAAGUGUAUGGCAGGAUUUGAAAAUUUUUCAUUCAAUUAUUAUGUAUUGUUGUGCUGUAUUUUGUU